AUGACUUUAGCUCAAUAUAGAACGUUAGAAACUGAUAAAAGAUUCAAAAAUCCCCCAAAGGAUGAUUCCUCUUAUCCAUUGUUGAAGGAUGCUGUUGCACCACAUGUUGGUUCAUUCAACGCAUUGAUGGAUGGUCCUGAAGGAGGUUUAUUAAACCUUGCCGUCAAAGAUAUUGGAUCCAAGACUAUAUUUGAUACACCAGAAACUUCUACUCGUCUAGGAAACAAGUUGAAGAUCAGAGUAGAUUCUGUACAAUUAGCCAAACCAAGUGUUCCAGCCAACGAUAAAUUAUCAUUGAAUAGAAAAACUUUUCCAAGUGAAUGUAGAGAAAGAAUGGUCACUUAUAGAUCAAGAUUAAUGUUGAAUGUUACUUGGAGUGUAAAUGAUGGUGAAGAAGUCCUGGAAGUUAGAGAAGCAGGUCAAAUCCCAAUCAUGUUGAAAUCUAACAGAUGUCAUUUGGAAAAAUUAACACCAAACCAAUUGGUUGAAGCAAAAGAAGAAAGUGAUGAAUUGGGUGGUUAUUUCAUUGUUAAUGGUAUUGAAAAAUUGAUUCGUAUGUUGAUUGUUCAAAGACGUAAUCAUCCAAUGGCUCUUAUACGUCCAUCUUUUGGUAAUCGUGGAGCCUCUUAUACCAAAUACGGUAUCCAAAUUAGAUGUGUUAGACCAGAUCAAACUUCCCAAACUAAUGUUUUGCAUUAUUUGAAUGAUGGUAACGUCACAUUUAGAUUCUCAUGGAGAAAGAAUGAAUAUUUGGUUCCAGUUACUAUGAUCUUGAAGGCUUUAGUUGAAACUAAUGAUCGUGAAAUUUUCGAUGGAAUUGUUGGUAAUGACACAGGCAACUCUUUCUUGACUGAUCGUUUGGAAUUGUUGUUGAGAACUUACAAGAAGUACAACUUGAACUCUCAACAAGAAACCUUGGCUUACUUGGGUGAUAAAUUUAGAGUUGUCUUUGGUGCUACUCCAGAUAUGUCUGAUAUUGACGUUGGUAAAGAAGUCUUGAAGAGAAUUGUCUUAGUCCAUUUACCUGAUAACACUGAUAAAUUCAGAAUGUUGUUAUUCAUGAUUAGAAAAUUAUACUCCUUGGUUGCCGGGGAUUGUGCUCCAGAUAAUCCAGAUGCUACCCAACAUCAAGAAGUCUUAUUGGGAGGUUUCCUUUAUGGUAUGAUCAUUAAAGAAAAAAUUGAAGAAUACUUGCAAAACAUCAAAUUGCAAAUCCAAUCCGAUAUCAACCGUGGUGUUGGUAUUAAUUUUGAUGACAGAAAAUACAUGACCAGAGUGUUCCUGAGAAUUAAUGAAAACAUUGGUCAAAAAUUGCAAUAUUUCUUGAGUACUGGUAAUUUGGUUUCUCAAUCUGGUUUGGAUUUACAACAAGUUUCCGGUUAUACUGUCGUUGCUGAAAAGAUUAAUUUCUACCGUUUCAUUUCCCAUUUCAGAAUGGUCCAUCGUGGUUCUUUCUUUGCUGAAUUGAAAACCACCACCGUUAGAAAAUUGUUGCCAGAAUCAUGGGGUUUCCUCUGUCCUGUCCAUACUCCCGAUGGUUCUCCAUGUGGUUUAUUGAACCAUUUGGCACAUAAAUGUAAGAUUGCUACUGUUGCAUCUGAUGUUUCCCAAGUUCCUAAAGCUUUAACCCAAUUGGGUGUCUUACCAGCCGAUUCAUUUGCUGCUGGUCCAGAUUUAUGUUGUGUUCAAUUGGAUGGUAAAAUUGUUGGUUGGACUACUCACAAACAAGGUAAAAUUGUUGCUGAUACCUUGAGAUUCUGGAAAGUUGAAGGUUCCCAUGGCUUGCCAUUAGAUUUGGAAAUUGGUUAUGUUCCACCUUCUAACAAGGGUCAAUACCCAGGUUUGUAUUUAUUCGGUGGUCAUUCAAGAAUGAUGAGACCAGUCAAAUACUUGCCAUUGGACAAACAAGAUAUACUUGGUCCAUUUGAACAGGUUUACAUGAAUGUUGCUGUUACUCCAGAAGAAAUCGAAAACAAUGUUCAUAGUCAUGUUGAAUUCUCUCCAACUAAUAUUUUGUCUAUCUUGGCCAACUUGACUCCAUUUUCUGAUUUCAAUCAAUCCCCAAGAAAUAUGUAUCAAUGUCAAAUGGGUAAGCAAACUAUGGGUACUCCAGGUACUGCUUUAGUUCAUAGAUCAGAUAACAAAUUGUACCGUUUACAAACUGGUCAAACUCCUAUUGUCAAAGCCAACUUGUACGAUGACUAUGGAAUGGAUAACUUUCCUAACGGUAUGAAUGCUAUUGUUGCCGUUAUUUCUUAUACCGGUUAUGAUAUGGAUGAUGCGAUGAUUAUUAACAAAUCUGCUGAUGAAAGAGGUUUUGGUUAUGGUACUGUUUACAAGACUGAAAAGAUUGACUUGUCACAAUCAAGAAGAAGAGGUGAUCCAAUAACACAACAUUUCGGAUUUGGUACCGAUGAAUGGCCAGAAGCAUGGAAAGAAAAAUUGGAUGCUGAUGGUUUACCAAUGAUUGGUGUCAAAGUUGAAGCUGGUGAUCCAAUUGUUGCUUAUUAUGACGAUACUUUAGGUAAAACUAAAGUAAAGACUUAUCAUUCAUCUGAACCUGGUUACAUUGAAGAAGUCAAAUUGUUGGGUGAUGAAACCAGUGAUCAAGAAGGUCAACAAUUAACCAUUAAAUAUAGAAUUACCAGAGCUCCGUUGAUUGGUGAUAAAUUCUCUUCUAGACAUGGUCAAAAGGGUGUUUGUUCUAGAAAAUGGCCACAAAUUGAUAUGCCAUUUACUGAAUCAGGUAUGCAACCUGAUGUUAUUAUUAAUCCACAUGCGUUCCCAUCUCGUAUGACCAUUGGUAUGUUUGUUGAAUCUCUUGCUGGUAAAGCUGGUGCAUUACAUGGUAUUGCUCAAGAUUCAACACCAUGGAAAUUUAAUGAACAAGAUACUCCCGCUGAUUAUUUCGGUGAACAAUUGUUGAAAGCCGGUUACAAUUAUCAUGGUAAUGAACCAAUGUAUUCUGGUGCUACUGGUGAAGAAUUGCGUUGUGAUAUUUACAUUGGUUGUGUCUAUUAUCAAAGAUUGAGACAUAUGGUUAACGAUAAGUUCCAAGUCAGAUCCACAGGUCCAGUUAAUUCAUUGACAAUGCAACCUGUUAAAGGUAGAAAGAGAUCUGGUGGUAUUCGUGUUGGUGAGAUGGAAAGAGAUGCAUUGAUUGGUCAUGGUACAUCAUUCUUAUUACAAGAUAGAUUAUUAAAUUGUUCUGAUUACACACAAACACCAGUUUGUCGCUCCUGUGGAUCCAUUUUAACUACUCAAACCACUGUUCCAAGAAUUGGAAGUAUGGCUACUAUUAGAUGUAGAAGAUGUGCUGUAAGCUUGGAUAAAUAUGAUGGAUAUGCUGCUGAUGCUGAUAUUUGGGAAGAUGGACAAGGUAAAAAAUUCGUUGGUGGUGAUGACACUACUGCUGUUGCAAUUCCAUUCGUAUUGAAAUAUUUGGACAGUGAAUUAUCAGCCAUGGGUAUAAAGAUGAAAUACAAUGUUGAACCAAGAUAA